CCUUUUGCCACGGAACGAUUCAGACUCCUUAAUUCUCAGAAUUCCUCUCCCAAGUCUAAUCUUUCGUCCUCCUAAAGCAAAUCGACCCAAACCCGAAAAUUACAAGCUCACUUACCUAAAAAUUCGAAAUGGAAAUGUACCAAAGUACAAUUGAUUCCGAUUUAGCGAUGCUGGAGUCGAUUCGCCGACACUUACUCGGCGAGCCAUCAGACCUCCGACUCACUGCCUCAACGGAUUGUACCACGGCUCCCCCCAUGUUUUGCAGGAGCUCGAGCUUUAGCCGCUUGUACCCUUGUUUGACUGAAACCUGGGGUGAACUCCCACUCAAAGAAGACGAUUCAGAAGACAUGCUCGUCUUCGGAUUCCUCCGCGAUGCUUUAACCGAAGGCUGGGCCCCAUCCGAUAACUCUUCCACGAAUUUCCCGCCAAUUAAACCGGAGCCACAGGAGAUUUUAACAGAGACACCCGUGAAAAAAGUUGCUACGACGGUGGCGGCGACGGCGGUUCCCGCGGUGGUUCCGGCCAAAGGAAAGCACUAUAGAGGAGUUAGGCAAAGACCGUGGGGGAAGUUCGCGGCUGAGAUUAGGGACCCAGCUAAAAAUGGGGCUCGGGUUUGGUUAGGUACUUUCGAGACGGCUGAGGAUGCGGCUUUGGCUUAUGAUAGAGCAGCUUAUAGGAUGCGUGGCUCCAGGGCUUUGUUGAAUUUUCCGUUGAGGGUGAACUCCGGGGAGCCGGACCCAGUGAGGGUAACCUCAAAGAGGGCGUCACCGGAGCCAUCUUCGUCUUCCUCCUCUGGCUCGGUGAACGGGUCGCCGAAAAGGCGGAGAAAGGUAGCUGCCUCGGCUCCGGUUGUGGCUCAAGCCGGGUUAGAUAUGGGUUCCGGAGCGGAAGUUAAGUGUCAAGUUGGAUCGUGUACACAUGGCGAACAGCUAUUAGUGAGUUAGUGCUGACGUGCUAAUGCAAUGAUGUAAGCUUUGGACAUUCCCUCAAUCUAGGUGGAUAAAACCCCCCCCCCCCCCCCCCCAAAAAAAAAAAGGAAAAAUGAGGGGUUGAAAUAUACUACUAGUUCAGAGUUGAGAGAUCGUUUGGCUUUUGUGAAUACAAAGGAUUUGUUAUUAUUUCAUGGAGAUUUUGUUGAAUGGGAAAUUUUUUUUUUUGUUUUCUUCUUGAAUAUGGUGUUCAUAUUGUGCUUGGAAUAAGCAAUUCCUAAAGGAAAAUGUGAAUAUCCCA